GAACCAACAGGACCGGUUCAUCUAUUAGCCGGUUCGAGACUCGCGGCUCCGGUUUUCUGAACGUCGGCAACAGGAAGGCAGCAUCGCGUCCUUUUUGAAGACGACGGGACCGCUGCCGGCACGGGUGUUUACUUUCUCUCGUCGCCUGCCAAGCAAAGCAAAGGGCCGACGCAGCACAAACGCACGGCGAAAUCUCGAUUUCUUCGAACACGAAGACGCUCGUUUCUUUUUGUCUCUUGGCGUUGUUCACUUUUUUCGUUUCUAUAGUGUUGAGAGAUGGCGGCUGAAUCACCCACCGCUGAACGAAAAGUGGUCGUUCACCUGAGGGCUACCGGUGAUGCUCCUAUUCUCAAGCAAGCAAAGUUCAAGAUUUCUGGAAGUGACAAAUUCUCAAAGGUUAUUGAAUUUCUUCGUCGGCAACUUCAUCGGGAUACUUUGUUUGUUUAUAUCAACAGCGCCUUCUCUCCAAACCCUGAUGAAUUGGUGAUUGAUCUCUACAAUAACUUUGGAUUUGAUGGUAAGCUGGUCGUUAACUAUGCUUCUUCCAUGGCAUGGGGCUGAGAAAGAGAUGCUGCUAUUUCAUAAGAUCUUUAGCAUCGAAUGUAUGAAAAGUCAAUAUUUUAUUGUCAAAUCUAGGUUGUUUUUUGGUCUCAACUUUUGUUAUUUGUGGACAGAAAAAAUGGAUCUUCGGGUCUCAAGCUUCUGAAUGUCUUUGUAAAUUUGUUAUAUUAACAAUUACAAGCUUGGGAUGGUCUUCAUUAUUGUUAAAAAGCCAUCACUGGCAACAAUUUGCUGUAUCGUGUAGUCUUAAAGGUUAUUGAUAUUAAUUAGCUGCACUGUGAAACAUUCAGGUAUUUGAA